AUGUGUGUCUAAUUUGACAACAUGGUGACCCAGGAAUGUUGAUGUGAGACCGCCGACGUGCUCAACGCCCCACGCGACGACACGAGUGGACGAUGAUCCGCGCGAAAUAUGUCUGCUAACUCCGGCUGCGUGACCGAGAGGUAGCCUGAACGAACGACCAGCCGCGAUACAUUGUACGGGAUCACGGUUUAGCGCAUAGUGCAGAGAGACGGGGUACAGCCCCGUGGAUUACCACUGCGUCACGGAUAAUGUUAUUGAUUGAUUUUUUAAUGACUCACGCGUCGACGAACACACGAUCCGGCGACGUUACGAAGAGUAAUAUCUCGCCAUUGAUGAGGUACGCUUUCCUGCUGCUCCUCUGCCUCCUCCUCAUUAUCCAGCUGACACCGUCGGUCGUCGCAGUCGAUUCUCUGGGUGAUCCUUAUAAAAUACUGGGCGUAUCGAAACAUGCGUCCCUGCAGGAUAUCCGAAAGGCAUACAAGCAUCUCGUUAAGGAAUGGCAUCCGGACAAGACAGAUCAUCCUAUGGCUGAGGAUAAAUUCGUAGAGAUAACUAAAGCUUACGAGCUUCUGACAGAUCCAGAAAGAAGGAGAAAGUUUGAUAAUUUUGGGAUAACAGAAGAAGGAACUGUGAGGCAAAGAAGAGACAGUAAUCACUACAAUGUUCUCGAUCCAUUGGAAGAAUUAUUCUCUGGUAAUUUCCAAUUCCAUUAUCAGAAAAGAGAUAUCACGCUGUUCCAUAAGAUGAGCAUCACAUAUCGGUCGUACGAAAAUGUGAUAAUACCAAAAACUUAUCGUAUGCCAUACUUGAUUUUAUUUUAUUCUGAUUGGUGUUUCGCGUGUCUACAAGUGGAACCUACUUGGCGACGAUUGAUCGACGAAUUGGAGCCUCUAGGCUUCGGUUUGGUCACUGUACACACUAAGAAAGAGCCCACUUUGGCAAGGAGACUUGGCAUUCACUCGCUUCCAUGUCUCGUUGUUACCGUAGAGGGGCGACCUAGCAUCUACAAAGAAUCGUUGUUUAGCAUUCAGAAAGUUAUCGAAUUUGUACGAAGUAGGCUACCAUAUAAAUUAAUAAGUACUGUUAGCAGCGCUAACGUGGAAAAUUUCUUGUCGGGUUGGACGGACAAUCGAAUUCGCGCUUUGAUAUUCGAAAAGAGAGACUUCAUUCGAUUGCGAUAUCUGCUUACGUCUUUCUACCACAGAGAUCGAGUAGCGUUUGGUUUUGUCCAGAUCGGUAUACCUGAGACCGAGGAUAUUACGUCGAAAUACAAAAUCUCAGGGGAACUGGACACUCUACUGCUGUUCAAUGAGAACUCUGAGAAGCCUAUGGCGUCCGUUAGUAUGAAAGAUAUUUCCAGCGAGACGAUGCAUAACGUUAUCGCCAACAAUAAGUUUCUCGUUUUGCCAAGGCUUUCGAAUCAAGCCAUGUUGGACUCUAUAUGCCCACCUGAAUGGCUGAAGCCGCAGAAGCGCUUGUGCGCCGUUUUAAUAUCACAACAAAACAGUCCACUUCACGAUAUGGCUAGGCAUAAGUUUAGACAAGCGGCGUUAGAGUCUACUUACAGCACCGAACGCGUGAGAUACGCAUACGUGUUUAAAGACACGCAGCCCGAGUUUGUGUCGGCGCUGUCAGCCGGCGAAGGUAGCCCGCUGGAACCUUUGUUACACAUCGUCAUUAUCUGGAGACGAGACGCCAAUCACUUGAAGUACGAAUGGCUGCCCGACGGAUGGGUCGACGCUGCGCAAGACGAGCGUAUAUGGAACGAGACACGUAGACAUUUAGAAAAGAUGAUACAGAGGUUGUUACGCGCUACCGAAGCUUUACCGUAUGCCGCAGUCAUAGGGGAAUUAGCGGACGAGCACGCACAGGGUACUGUAGACAGAUUAAUAGGGAGGGCAUUAUUAGCGGUAGAUUAUAUAUCCGAUAAUCUGACGAAAGAGCAGAUUUUACCUUUGAUAUCGGUACUAGCGACUCUCCUGCUAAUCGGAGCAGCAGGGUACGGAAUGUCAUACCUAGCCAAGCUUGAAGAAGUGAGCGUUCAGCCUGCCCGAAAGGACAAGUUAUCUUCGCCACAGCCGCAGCUUCGGAUACACGAGUUACGCGCGGAGAAAUACAACGGUUUAGUCCGACUUUUAAAGCCUGGAUGCCGAACUAUCAUUCUGCUGAUUGACGGUCAGAGUCGUUUAAAGUUAUUGCCAGUUUUCCACAAAGCUGUGUGGCCUUAUAGGAAGAAUAAGACGCUUAUGUUCGCACAUAUGUCACUAGAGAAGGGUCUCGAUUGGUACAAGAAACUUUUAUCUCUCACUUUAUUCGAUUACAAGGAACUGAACAUAAAUGCCAAGAAUUGCGUGGGAACGGUGUUGUCCUUAAAUGGCCAUCGGAAAUACUUCUGCAUGUAUCACGCUAAGCUUCCUGAGUGCACAUCAAUUACGAAGAGUAAAAGUUCUAAGCGUUUAGCAACGAUGACCAAGCAACUCACUCAGGACGCGGAAGCCGGUGCUUUUAUCGGUUUUGACAGUUCUAACGAGUCCGACAUGUCUCAGGAUGAGAGUGGAAACAACGUUUUAUAUCACGAAAACCUUUUGGACGGAUUACCGAUGUGGCUCGACAAACUGUUCGAGGGAUUAACACAACGUUAUCACAUAAAUUAUUGGCCCGAGUUCACUGCCAAGUAAAGGAACGAAGAAGGAGAGGAUACUAUCUUCAAUUGUUUUCUUUUUCUUCUUCUUUUCUCUCUUUUCUUUUCUUUUCUUGAGGCGUAUACACCAUUAGAUGAUGAGGAACAAGAAGGUUUGCGUAGUCAGCAAAAUACUAUUGCCAUUGAGACAUACUGUGAUUCGAACGAACAAAUGCGCACGGCUCUCUGUAUAAAGACAAAGCAUAUUCAUUAUUUGUUAAGUACUAUUUACAAAUCUAUGUUUACAGUUCCUUGCAUUUUAACAAUUAUUUUAGAUUGGAUCUUUAAGUAUCAUUAAAGUACGCUGUAAAAGAUUACAUAGCAAAAGGGGAAGAGAGAGAGGGGGGGGGGUGGAGGGCCACCACCAUUGGCGCUCGAUUAACUCCGGACAUAGAGAUCAAUGUUUUCUGUAUACUAUACUUCGUCCGUUCCUAUUAUAACUCGAAUACUCUUUCUAUUCCUCGAAAUAUCGCUUGUAACUAUCUAGUCAACGUUACUAAGAACUUAGCAGUAUUUAUAUUGCACAGUACAAGUAAUAGAUUGUUUAUAUUUCCGUAGAUAGUAAUCUACAGAUCGAUUCACGCGAUCCUCGACAUACAUGAAUACGUUCGAAUUCCUCACGACACAUACAAUACCAAUCGCUAUUUUUCAUGUUGUGAAAAAGAGAAAGGAAGAAAUGUGUAUAAGUUUGCAUUAAUAUGUUUAUACCUUAAAGAUGCGUAUCUCUGUCGCUUGUUCCGCACUCCGUUCAUAUCCGAUGUCCCCUUUGUAUCGAACAUGUUUCUCGGAUCCAUAUAUCAGUAGCAUAUAAGACUUCACGAGAGUCCUCACAUAAUUUAUACCUUAUCAUAUUUUAUAGUUACCGUAAAAUCGAUAUUCAAAACGUAUACGUUCAACGUAACAAACGUAUACGUGCUUGUGAAAAGGUGUACCACACACGGUUGAUUUUAUCGGGAUUUUACGUUCGUCCAUUAUUUUUAAUCGUUACGCUUUCAUCAAUCUCAUUAGCUUGUGACAUUAUUUAAAUAAUACACACUUAUCCGGCCAAAUUCUUUUCUUUUAGCAAACUCGCUCUCGCAGCUAUUUAUUCUCCUUAACGGAAUCGAAUACGUAUUUCUCCGCAAAGCGACAGAUAUAGGUACCUCGUGUUACUUAUAUAAGGUAUAUUCCUGCUACGAGAGGCUAUUAGAAAGUAUUAAAGUGUAUUAUAGAAACAUAUGAGAUAUCAUAAUGCUGUUGAAACUGCAAGUUACGCGCGCCAGCUCAAUUGUUUAUACUUUAUAUCCUUAUAUGACAAUUAAAACUGACAAAAUAAACACA